CCGCCUCCCGAGCCCCUCCGUUUCCUGCUGCUGGCGGAGGCCGAGGGAGAAGGUGGCGGUGGAGGCGGUGACGGAAAGAAAAGUGCCCCGGAGCCGGAGAAGCGAUCACCUCCACCCCCGCUCGUCCCCGAAGGAAGCCGCCGCCGCCGCCGCCACCCCUUCUUCUUCCUUGCGCCCCGCUGCCUCCCUGUUCUCCGGCCCCCAUUUUUGUAUCCCUUCGCCCCCACCUACCCACCCACCCAAGUUUCCCUCUCCGCAGCUCCUGGACUUCCCUGCCUCCCAGCCACUCUCGCCCACCCAGGACAAUAAGAGCGGGAGAUGUCCUCCUCCGGCGGCCACCAGCAAAGCCAGAGCCGCGCCAUCCCCACCAGGACGGUGCCCAUCAGCGACUCCUCGCAGCUACCUCAUGACUAUUGCACCACGCCCGGGGGGACCCUCUUCUCCACCACGCCCGGAGGUACCAGAAUCAUCUACGACCGCAAGUUUCUGUUAGAUCGGCGCAAUUCUCCCAUGGCUCAAACCCCUCCUUGCCACCUUCCCAAUAUCCCUGGAGUUACCAGUCCUGGUUCUGUGACAGAAGAUUCCAAAGUGGAAGUAAACAACCUGAACAAUCAUGAUGGGAAGCCUAUAAUUGGUGACGAUGCUCAGUUUGAGAUGGACAUCUGAUUUUCCCUGAGGGUAACCAUGGAGAGACAGCAAUCCCUGAUCACCUGUGUACAUCUGAUUUUGACCAUCAGGUUCAAUAACUCGAAGGAUGAAAAAAAGAAGAAGCUGCUGCUGCUGCUGUUUCCACAGAAUUUUCACUUCAGUCUUUGAAGUGCCAAAGGAUAAGAGGACUCUCCUUGAUUUCCAUUAAUCAUACCAUGCUUCCUACCCAUCCCCCAUUCCUCUGCUUGCCUUACUCACUCCCUAUGACUGACUUGGAGCCCAUGAUAAAUUUAUACGGCUAAGGAGUGUCCCUUGGCUUCUCGCACUUUAGAGACAACUGUUCAAAACAUGCACAUGCGAGAAAUUAACUUCUAUCAACAAUUGGAUAUUUAUUGCAAAACACACAAGGGGCAUGGAAAGGGUGGAUAUAUAUUUGAAGUGACAUGACACUGCCAUUGUUCUCCUUUCCCUUAACUGCUGUUAAAUUGAUGUCAAUUUAUUAACUGGUUUCUAUGUUAUAUCUCUUUUGAUGUGCAGAAUGCACUCUUUGAUAUUUCUAAACCCUGUUGCUCAACUUGUCUUUUUUAGUUAGUAUAACUUUUCAUGUGGGCGCUGCCGUGAGAUUUUCCUAAAAGAGUAUUAUUGAAGUUCUUUUCUGCUUCCCCUGAAAAUUUCUUUUAAAAAAAAUAGAUAAAUAAUUUAGAAUCAUCACUUCAUCAUGCAUUCAUUUCACUUUGCAUUUCGUCCCAAUAUCAUCCCCCCCCCCCAAAAAAAAGGUUUCUUUCCAAUUUCCUCCUUUAAACCCACCAGUGUUAAAAGUGAACCACAUCUUUUCUUAAUAUAAUUGGGGUGUAUCACACUUGAUGGGCUUCUAUACCAGCGUUUCUCAAACUCAGCGAUUUUAAGCUGCAUAGACUUCAGCUUCCAGAAAUCUGGCAGUUGGUCAACACAGCUUAAAGUUGUGAAGUUUGAGAGACACUGUUCUCUACUAUUCGUCUUCAGUCUUUAAUUUUUGCUGCUCAGUAACAUCUGGUGGGUUCUUGGCAAGUGCAUCUUUGUGCCAAAAUAAUUAAAUAAAGUAAUCUGGUUAUACUUAAUUAGGAGAAACCCAACAAAACAAAAAUGGAAUUUGUGAAAAAGUCUUGUGUGGACCAGGGAACCUUAAGGAUCAAUUAAUUAUGAAGAUGUUAAGUGCUGAUUUCAUGAUGUGUGACUUCAAAUGAAUUUGAACGGGUGAAUGAUCAGAAAGAUUUCACUGCAAGACCUAUUUGUUUCUUGGUUACUAUCUUCUGUUCCUCGAAUUCAUACAUUAUUAAAUCAGUCACAUUGGAGCCUAUUAUAGAUCCAGUGUCACUAUGGAGGAAGAGUGGCUGAUGAUCUCACUUUAUUCUGUUUAUUUGGAUCUAUUGGCCAUUUUCCACCUGCUGGUGACCCAACUCCCAAGUUGAUUAAUUCUGGCAUGAGUGAACUUGUGCUGUUUGCCUGGAAUUGUUGCUGAGAGCAAGUAAGGAUCACUCUUUGUAGAAAUUCAU